UUGAUCUUUUCACUUCCUUCUCCCUUGAUAAACCAUUAGAUUACAUUCCUAAAUUUAGUCCCCAAAGUCUGUUUCCUUUUGUGGACACUGACUCAUUCUUGAAACUAAACACCAAAGUCCAACAAUCGAAAUUCAUUACUUGGUUACACUGGCUAACCUGUCCCUUCAGAGCUCAACAAUUUACCCAGCACAGACUUAACCUUUUCUACUUAAAAACCCACUGUUAAAAAGCCUGCUGCUUGCUGUUUGCCUUUGCCUGAUCAAGAGACAGGCUCCCAACGCCAUGCUUGCCCUGCUGGGUUAAUAAAUCUCCUUGUGCUGAGAAUUGUGUGUCUGAGUGUGUUCUGUACUGUCUCUGAGAGGCUCACUUACACUGUGUGUGUGUGUAUGUGUGUCCUUCCUAAUCCUGAGACUCAGAGAUUGAUAGUAGGCCUGAAUAUUCAGAUGUCUCAAAGAUUUCAGGUGAUAUAAGUCCUGAAGCCAGGGAGCCCCACAUUGAGCCUCACUGCUCUCAGCUUUGUGCUCAUCCUGGUCCCUCAUUGGAAUUCCCUUGGGUGUUUAUAAAGCCAUACUCAUGUAGUCCCUCCUCCAUGGCACUACAGAUUAUGAGUUCUAGGUAUCCUUGUAAGGAGAAAAAAUAUCUGUUCUCAAGACAGUGGAAAUGUCAUUGAAGAUUUCAGAUAGACCCCGAUCUGUGGCACAGACUCCUCAGACACUCUUAGCCAGCUAGUCUGCCCCUGUAGGUCUACUGAGGGAGCUCAUGUACUCCUGUCUCCUUUCCUAUUGACACCCAGCCUUUCCUGGCCCUGGGACAGUGAGGCAAGUCUAAUGCACAUCAGGAGGUCCAGUACAUGGAAUUCAGGGUGUAAAUUCCAGUGGGCUAGGGUAGUAUUAGAACCUUAAUUCAUGUGGUCCCUGACACCCGUGUUCAUGGGGUUCUUUGCUCCUGGGGCCAUGUCCUACCACAGGCUGAAAUAUGAGCUUGAGAUGCUGAAAACAGAGCAUAAGAAGGAGAUGUCAGAUGUGAAGAAAUUCCCCAAGGAGAUUUGUGAGGUCUCGUACAAGUGCAAGGAGCUGAGUGAGCAGACCAACUCCUACCGCACCCUCUACAGUCAGCUCCUGAGGGAAAGGACUCAGCUAAAGGAAAAAGUGAGCAUGUUGAAAGAGGACAACAGAAAGCUGCAGGGGGAGCAGAUUUUACUACAAGAGUCCUGCGAGGAGGCGAGAAGGCUCUGUGAGGAGGCCCAUGAGAAGAUCUAUGACCUCUGGACAAAGCAGCAGCAUGUAGGUUGAAGCAGCAGGGCCAAACUGCCCACUUGUCUAACCAUACACACACAUAUACACACACCUAUGUAACCAUCUACUCACUCAUCCACCUGACCCAUCCCAUCCAAUAGUUCAUUUCUCUGAUCAUUCACAAGUCAUUCUGGGGAGUUAGCCUCUUGGAAGGCACUGCAUCACUGGCAAGCAAACCCUACUGCUCUGUUAGAAGCUGCAGUCCAUCGAGGGAGAUGGGUAAAUUACAUGUCACUCACUGAUAUGGUAGUACGGAAAGAGCAGUGCUAUGAUGGGAGCCACAUAGGGAGUAGCACAGAGAUCUGAGUGAGUGAGUUCAAGGGUUCUGGGUCUCACUUGCUUUGCACAGGUCAUAUGAGAUCAGAGGCAGAAACAGUAUGGAAG